AUGGUGAGCUCCGCCAUUGUGGCCCAGGCUGACCCAAGUGACCAUUCCGAUGGCCUUAAGCUGGAUGAUGAGUGUGCUGGUGGCCCUGGUGACUCCAAAUGCUCAUUACAGGCGAUUCAGCUUCGGGGAGAACCUGUUCAAUUGGAUGAGGACAAGACGGACACGGAUCCCAAUCGAUUCCUACCCAUCCUUGUGAGUGAGGGAAUCAAAGCUUAUGGAGGCUCCAAUACCAUCGGCGUAUGCAGCCAUGUGUGCAACGCCAAAGGCUACUCCUGGUCUUGGUGCAAGAAUGGCUGGUGCGAUUGUACUCAUGGCGGAGCAAACUAUUAUGGCAGUCUUUGCUCAGGAGGCACAGCAUCCUGUGCGGGGACGUGCUACAGUCGAGGCUGGCAAGACUCACAUUGCCUCAACUUCAAUAGGUUGUGCCACUGCAGCAACGAUUGGUAUGAGAUGUCGUACACAUGCUUCCAGUCCUGA